AUGGGAACAGUCGGCAUCCCCGUUAAGCUUCUUCAUGAGGGACUGGGUCACACUGUUACGAUUGAGCUGAAAGGAGGUGCGACGUAUCGUGGGCGUCUUUUUGAUGCGGAAGACAACUUUAAUAUUUCGAUGAAGGACAUCGCAGUCACUGCGCGCGACGGAAAACAGACACACUUGGAUAGUGUGUACAUUCGCGGCAACAUGAUCCGAUUCAUGGUCGUACCGGACAUGCUGCAACAAGCACCCAUGUUCAAGCGUGUGGGGCCAAAUGCCAUGAAAGGCCGAGGUAUCGGCAGCGCUCGUGGACGUGCUACGAUCAUGCGUGCACAAGCACGGCGUGGGCGUGGGCCGUCAGGACGACCCCAAGGGAUCCGUCGGUAG